UUCACCAUGUUUAAUAGGGCGUUCCGAGCGCCACGCGUGACGUCACAGCUGCGUAACCUCCGCUGCGCCCUUUCUCGUCCGAGCUCUCAACAUGGCGCCGAUCAAAAUGAAGAGGCCAGCUGGAGGUAAGAAGUCCAAGAAGGGGGCUGCGUGGAAGUUCACCCUGGACCUGACCCACCCUGUGGAGGAUGGGAUCCUGGACUCUGCAAACUUUGAGACCUUCCUCAAAGAGAAGAUCAAGGUGAACGGGAAGACAGGGAAUCUGGGUGACAUCGUCCAGGUCGGCCGCAUGAAGAACAAGAUCAACGUGACGUCUGAGAAGCAGCUCUCCAAAAGGUAUCUGAAGUACCUGACAAAGAAGUACCUGAAGAAGAACAACCUCCGCGACUGGCUGAGGGUGGUGGCCUCUGACAAGGAGACGUACGAGCUGCGAUACUUCCAGAUCAGCCAGGAUGACGAGGAGUCUGAGGCAGACGAGUAAACAGCUGCAGCCACAUCUGUGUGUGUGUCAGUGGGAGAAUAAAUGUGGAAAAGAAA